AUGGCGCACGAAAGUCCAGCAGCACCUGAUCACCAAGAAGAGGUGAAAGUUCUUCCAUUCUUAAUCUCCGUGGAAGAAAUUUUUGAGCAAAGUAUUGGACUCUUAACUUUAACUCAAAUCCUACAAAGUAUCUUCACAUCAUUAUCACCUUUCUUUGAAAGUUUACAAACUUUCAUAAGUAUAUUUACUCACGCUCAACCAACAUGGCACUGCACGGGUACUAACAACACCUCAUGCGUCGCCAAUAAGUCGAACCUAUGCAACCUCGCACGGUCCGAUUGGGCUUGGGAUGGCAGCCGCAACGUGCAUACUUCGAUCAUAUCCGAGUGGAAUCUCGAGUGUGCUAGCUCGUUCAUCACUGGUCUUCCAGCAACUUCCUACUUCGUAGGUUGCUUGUUAGGUGGGUUGGUGCUAGCCACACUAGGUGAUUCAUCGCUCGGGCGAAAAAAUCUCCUAUGCAUCUCAUCCUUGGUGCUGUAUGUUGCAGCACUAGCCUCCGCAUUUGCUCCCAAUAUUUGGGUGUACUCCGUGUUUAGGUUCUUGAGUGGUGUUGGUCGCGCGCCUCUUCCUAUGUGCGCGAUCAUUUUGUUCACCGAAAGAGUGUCGAAAAAGUGGCGAUCACAAGCAGUAAUGCUUGGGUUCAUCUCCUCUUCACUAGGACUAUUAGUUUUGACGGGUAUUAGUUAUAUAUGCAAGGGUUAUUCAUGGAGAAUCCUCUACUUAUUGACUUCAAUUCCUGGAAUUAUAUUCACCAUUUUGGCUUAUUUUUUCAUGUACGAAUCACCAAGAUGGCUACUGUUGCAAGGGCGUGAGCGCGAUGCCAUAGAUGUAUUGACAAGUCUAGGCAGACAUACAAGCUCUCAAAUGAGUCUAAGCUUGGAGAUGAUAGUAAAGUACACGCAACAAAACUUGCGCAAUAAUACUAGUAAUAGUAAUAGUAAUAGUAAUAAUCCCUUUGCAUCGUACAAGAUUUUGAUGAGUAAAAGAUGGGCUGCAAAACGCCUAAUUGUAUCAAUGUUGCUUGCUUUUGGCAUCGGACUCAUGUACUUUGGAAUGUUCUUGGGUGUCGGAGGCUUAGGAUCCGAUAUCUACUUGACCUCGGUGUACCAUGCUCUAUUAUCUUUGUCCUCUUCAUUGCUUGCUUUCCUCUUUUGGAUUCCGAGGUGCAAUCGUAGGAUUUCGUUGCUCGGAUUUUGUACACUUAGUGGUGCAAUGAGCAUGAUCCUAUCUAUCAUAGGGAAGGGAAAAGUUGGAGGAGGUCUACUUCUUGGAAUGGAGCUUAUAUCUAUGUUUUCUGCAUGUAUGGCAUACAAUAUGGCUAUGAUGUACAUUGUGGAGCUCUUCCCAACUUGUAUAAGAAGUUCUGCCUCAUCAUUGGUGAGACAAGCGACGAAUUUGGGCACGGUUUUGGAUCCGAUUUUGGUGUUGCUAGGGAGAGGAAACUUGCUAUACUCUUAUGGGGUGUUUGGGUUAGCAAUGCUUCUAUGUGGUUUCUUGGUUAUUCUCUUGCCAGAGACAAGAAAUCAGGUGUUAUGUGAUACCAUGGAGGAACAAGAACUCAGGGACAAGGAGAAAACGGUUAAUCUUUAA